ACCUCACGCACUCAACCACGAUUGUUCUCCCCACAACUUCUUCUGCUCUGCUCUGAUCAAGCUCUACUUGACCGCGCCUCGUCCCGAAUCUCACCCUUUACCGCAAUCAAAAACUCUAACUCUCAACACCGCAAGCAUGCCUAUGAACUGGACUCCCGAGGCGGAUGCCAAGCUCCUCGUCGAAAUCAUCAAGGCGAGCGACAUCUCCAUGAGCAAGGAGUUCCUCAACAAGGUCGCCCAAGGCAUGGGCGGUGACUGCAACGCCAAGACGAUCCAGAACCGCAUCACGCGCCUGAAGACCGCCGCCGGCGUCACUGGCAGCGGCAGCGGCACUGGCUCCACCCCUGCCACGCCCAAGAAGGCCGCCACGCCCCGCAAGCCGCGCCAGAAGAAGGCUGACACCAACGCCACGACCCCCAAGCGCAAGCGCGGCAAGAGUGCCGCCGCUUCUUUUGAGACGGACAUGAAGCUCGAGCCCAGUGAUGGCGACGGCGACGAGUCCCCGACCAAGAAGGUCAAGUCUGAGCAGCAGGACGACAACGAGAACGAUGACCAGCUCACCGACAUCCACAUGCAGGCGCCUAGCUUCUUCGACGGAUCGUUGCGACGGCUUUUGGGUAUGGAUGCUGCAGGGAGCCGGCUGGGUUUCUUUCAUGACUGA